AUGUUGCGUGCGGUGUUUUCACCGAGGCUUGCCGGAUCGGGGGCAGUACAGCGUGCGUGCGGGUCUUCCCCGUUGCGUUUCUUCUCUUCUGCGCGCGCGUGUGCCGCUGAAUUGAAUAAGACGGGGCUGCAUGCAUUCCACCGUCGGCACGGCGCCAAGCUUGUGCCGUUUGGCGGUUACUCGAUGCCCUUGUCCUACAGCGAUGUGGGCCAGAUUGCGUCGCACCACCAUGUGCGCUCGCACACGGGUCUGUUUGAUGUGGGCCACAUGGUGCAGCACAUGUUUGAAGGGCCCGGCGCGCUGCGCUUCCUGCAGCACCUCACGCCGGCGUCGCUCCAAAGCCUGGAGCCCUUUAGCUCCACCCUCUCUGUACUCAUGUCCCCAAGCGGUGGGAUACUGGACGAUCUGAUCAUCACGAAGCACACCGAAAACAAGUUCUACGUUGUGACUAACGCCGGUCGGCGCGACGAGGACUUGCAGCACUUUGCGGAGCAAAAAGCGGCGUGGGAGCAGGCGCACCCCGAAGCCACGUUCAGGCACAAUGUGAUGGAGGAGCAAGGACUGAUUGCACUGCAAGGUCCCACGUCGGCCUCGGUGCUCGCCAGUGUGCUCCCGCACAGCUUUGAUCUCGCGAAGCUGACAUUUGGCAGGAGUGCAUGGGUGCCCGUCGCGGUGAACAGCAAAACGAACGAGACGGUCUUGUGCCAUGUUGCUCGCGCAGGCUACACCGGCGAGGAUGGCUUUGAGAUCUCUGUUCCGCCGGGCUACGUGGAUGACGUUGCUACUGCGCUCAUCGAGAAUGACGAGGUCCAGCUCGCAGGUCUUGCUGCGCGUGAUAGUCUGCGCCUCGAGGCUGGCAUGUGCCUCUAUGGCCACGACCUUGACGAGAGUGUGAGCCCCAUCGAGGGUGGGCUCGCAUGGACCGUCGGCAAGGACCGGCGCGCGGACGCCGACUUUCUGGGCGCGGAGCGUGUGCUCAAGGAGCUCAAGGAAGGACCUCAACGCCGCCGCGUUGGAUUUACCGUCACCGGCGGUAUCGCGCGCGAAGGUGCCAAAAUCUUUGCCGAAGACGGCACCACCGAGGUCGGCAAGGUGACUUCGGGCAUUCCCUCCCCGACGCUGGGCAAAAACAUAGCUAUGGGCUAUGUGAAAAACGGAUACCAUAAAAAGGACACGCCCGUCAAGGUGGAAAUCCGCGGCAAGCCGCGCGACGCGGUCGUGACGCGCAUGCCGUUCGUCCCGAACAAGUUCUACCGCGGUCCGUAG